GGAAAAUACUGGUGUGCUGUGAGCAGGACAUGGUAUUAUAAAAGACAUCUACACUGAAGUUAAACUGGAAAUAAGACAAGACAUCUGCUGUGAUGAAAUGAAUAAAAUCCAAAGUCAUGAGGAAGCCUCAGUGUCCAUCAGCUGUCCGUAUGAGUCUCAGGAUAAGAACAACCUGAAGUACCUCUGCAGAGGAAAGCAGCCCUCCACAUGUCUGCAGCAGGCAGUAAUCACCUCAGACAACACCCAGAACAGACGGUUCAGACUCACCGAUGACAAGACGACAAGAUUCACAGUGAACAUUGCCAGUCUGACUCUAGAAGAUUCUGGGUUGUACCUUUGUGGUGUCCAUAGAAACACAGGACUGGAUGUUUUUACUGCUGUUGAGCUAAAGGUCAAAGAAUGGUGCUGUGUGAAGUCAAAGAACAUGAGCGGCAUUGUGGGACGUGCAGUAACUCUGCAGUGUCCUUAUCCACCACAACACCAGAACAACAGGAAGUUCCUCUGCAAAGGAGACAAACACAACAGCUGCACAGAUAUGAUGAACCAAAGCAGGGUCACACUGCACAAUGACUUGAACAGAGCUUUCUUGGUCACAAUCAAGGACCUGGAAGCAGGUGAUGCUGGGACGUACUGGUGUGGAUCAGAUGCACAGUGGAGUGUUGGAACCUACACCAAGAUUCAUCUAUCAGUAGACAGUCCACAACUGACCACCAUCAGCACCAGUACUGAAGGGGUUACACCACCAUCACCAUCUGUACUCGAUGCCGGUCUCUAUGUGGUUCUCCCUGUUUCUGCGGUGCUGCUGCUAAUCAUGGCAUCUGUGCUGGUAAUAGUUUAUAAGCACAAAUGUUCCAAAGACAGAGGAGACAGAAGCAAACCAAAGACUGUGGACCCACAGGGAGUGGUGGAUUCAGAGGAUCUUUAUGAAAAUCAUGAUGCUGUUGUAAAAAUGAAGCGUUACCAUCCUGAUGAUACCGAUGAGGACCAACCAGACUAUAAAGACGUCUCAUCAGAGCAAAUCUACAACAAUGAAUUCUAGAGUAAAACCAAUAAAUGAAGAAGAACCUUGAACAUUGAAGGUUAUCUCUGGGAUUAAUUAAAUAUUUUCUUUUUUUAUUUAAUUUAAUCUCAUAUUUGUAUCCUCACUUGAGGACCCUCCAAUAAACGUUUUUCCUCCUCAAUCCUACUUUUAGGAAUAGACACCUUUAGUUUACUUUCUGAGUUACAAACAUCUCUAAGGUGCUCUUUAUUAUUAUACCUGAUCAUGUUUCUGACCUGUUGGCAAUUAGUCUAAAUUUCUGGAUCAUGUUCCUCCAACUGUGUCUUUUUAGUAUAAUUUACUAUGACAGUCUGUAGUUGUCCUUGGUCCUGCCUUU